CUAUCAUCUAACUAGAUUGUUAUUAUUAAGAGAAAAUGUCGAAAACAAUUAAAUUCUUUCAGUUGAACACAGGUGCCAAGAUUCCUUCACUUGGUUUGGGUACUUGGCAGGCUGAACCUGGGGUUGUAGCCAAAGCUCUCACCACUGCCAUUCAGGUUGGAUACAGGCAUAUUGAUUGUGCUCAAGCCUAUAACAAUCAAGCAGAGAUUGGUUGUGCUCUCAAGAAGCUUUUUGAUGAUGGUGUGGUAAAGCGUGAGAAUUUAUGGAUCACCUCCAAACUCUGGUGUUCAGAUCAUGCUCCAGAAGAUGUGCCAACAGCAUUGGACAAAACUUUGCAGGAUUUGCAACUUGACUACCUUGAUCUGUAUCUGAUCCACUGGCCAGUCCGCACGAAAAAGGGAUCAGUUGGAUUCAAGCCUGAAAAUCUUGAGCAACCUGACAUACCCAGCACAUGGAGAGCAAUGGAGGCACUUUAUGACUCUGGCAAGGCUAGAGCUAUAGGAGUUAGCAAUUUCUCUUCAAAGAAGCUUCAAGAUCUGUUGGAGAUAGCACGAGUGCCUCCCGCUGUUAACCAAGUGGAAUGCCACCCAGCAUGGCAGCAGCAAAAGCUGCAUGCAUUCUGUGAAUCUAAAGGAAUUCACCUUUCUGCGUAUUCACCACUGGGCUCACCCGGAAUUCUCAAGAGUGACAUCCUUCAGAAUCCAAUUAUUAAAGUGGUUGCAGAGAAAUUGGGGAAGACUCCAGGGCAAGUUGCCCUUCGAUGGGGCCUGCAAGUGGGACAUAGUGUGCUGCCUAAGAGCACUAACGAGGCCAGGAUCAAGGAAAAUUUUGAUGUAUUUGAAUGGUCUAUUCCUGAAGACCUCAUUGUCAAGUUCUCUGAAAUCAAGCAGGCAACUUCAUUUUUUUUUAAUACCACAUGGAAUUUACUCUUGCAGGAGAGGCUAAUUAAGGGUACUUUUGCUGUUCAUGAGACCUAUGGUGCCUACAAGAGCGUUGAAGAACUCUGGGAUGGCGAAGUGUGAGCAGUAUGCAACAUUGAGAUGUUGACAAAUAAACUGCUUUAUGAGCAGACUGAUUCUGCUGUUGAUCUAUUACCAUCUUAAAGCCACCAGUUUGAGUGAUUAGUAUUUUGAGAUUCAGAGAAAUGUUGUUAUUGAUGAUAAUGCAGAAUAACAAACCAAGACUAUUUUUUCAUUUAUAGACUUUGCAUUUGUAUCCUUUUUAAUUGAAAAAAAUUGUGGGCAGUGAAUUUGAAAACUCUAGUGACC